AUGAAGCUUCCCUGGCUUCUGUCCCCACUCACUCUCGGGCUGGGAGUUAUCGCCCAGUCCUUUGUUUCGCCGCCAACCAAGGUCGAAGUGAUGCUCUCCAAGAAAUUUCCUGGAGCCAAGAUUUCGUACAAGCAAGUUCACAACCUGUGCGAGACAACCGAAGGUGUCAAAUCCUUUUCUGGCUAUGUUAGUCUCCCAAGGGACUUUAUCCCUGAUGCCAAAGACUGGGACGAGGACACUUCGGGAAACUUCUUCUUCUGGUACUUCGAGGCUAGAAAUGACCCCGAGAAUGCGCCCACCUCCAUCUAUCUCGGCGGAGGCCCUGGAUACACUUCCUUUGACGGUUCCUCCGUAUUCCCCUGCUACGUGAACCCCGAUUCAAACUCGACGACUCUCAACAAACACUCUUGGAACAACCAUGUCAAUAUGCUCUACAUCGAACAGCCUCUUGGCACUGGCUUCUCCUAUACAAAGAUUGAGAAUGGCACUUAUGAUACUUUGACAGGAGAAUUUACUCCUGUAGUGAAUGGAGAGACCUUGCCAGAGCUGAACGUUACAAACCUGCAGGCCACACUACAGACUGCUGGCAUUGGAGACACGAUGAACACCACCAAGACGGCCGCGAGAACUCUUUGGCGGUUUGCACAGGUGUGGUUCAACGAGUUCCCCGAGAGGGCCACAAAUAACGAUGAAAUUGCUAUCUGGGCAGUGUCGUACGGUGGUCUCUACGCACCCGUCUUUAGUUCCUACUUCAUCGACCAGAACAAGAAGAUCGAAAAAGGAGACCCUCCGGUCGCCAACUCGACCGCCCUCAACUUGGUUACAGUUGGAUUGUUGAAUGCCAUGGUGGACAUACGUUCCAUGGCCUUGGGCUUUCCAGACUUUGCGCUCAACAAUACCUACGACCUUCCGGUCUAUCCCGAGGAGGUGGCUGAAAUGGUACUCGGGAAUAUCACCGCGCCUGACGUCGGCUGUCUCGCUCUGGUCGACAAAUGCAGAGCUGCCGUAGCGAAGGGCGAUCCAGAAAGCACGGGAACCAACAACGAAGUCAAUGAAAUUUGCCUCAAGGCAAUGGGAGUCUGCUUUGGCGCGGUCACGAUUUAUGACCAAGUAUCACCUUAUCAUCAUUUUGAUAUCACUUUGAAUAAGUACGCUUCAUUUCCUACCGAGUAUGAAACUGCCUUGCUCAACCAGCCCUGGGUGCAACAAGAGCUAGGUGUGCCUUUGAACUACACGCGAGGCAACAAUGAGAUUGAGGCUGCCUUUCUUGGACGGACUGGUGACAUGGUUCGCUACGGCCUCGAGUACAUUGGCCAUCUUCUCGAGAACGGCGUCAACAUUGCCAUGAUCAACGGAGAUAGGGAUUUCCGCUGCAAUUGGUUUUCGGGAGAAAACGCCUCGCUAAGCAUUCCAUUCGCCGAAGCUCACCAGUUCGCCGCUGCUGGAUAUCAACCCAUCAUGACUAAUGCCUCCUACGAAGGAGGCUUCGUUCGUGAACACGGCAAUCUCUCAUUCUCACGAGUGUUUCAAGCCGGUCACAGCACGGGCGGUUAUCAGCCUGAGACCGUGUCUGCCAUCUUCGAGAGGGCAAUGCUCAGAUCUGAUGUUGCAACUGGAGAGAUUAAACUUGCCAAGACCCCUCACUACGCAUCUAAGGGAAAGGCAAGCGUCAGAGACGUCAAGAACAAGCUGCCUGAGUUGAUUGAGAACAUCUGCUAUGUCUUGCAGCCUGGCGAUACAUGCACACCUGAGCAGCUUAAGGCCCUGAAGGAGGGCACCGCCGAAACGGAAGACUGGGUUGUUGUGGAGCCGGCCGGGACGAAGGGGGAACGCGUCAUGGAGGGUAAGGGUGGCGAUGGAGAGAAAAAUAGCUCAAAGGGAUCCAGCCAAGAUGGAAGCCAGACGACGACAUCUGGUGGCGUUCGUCUGACUGAUAGCUUGACUUUUGCUUUUCUCCUGGUGGUGGCGACGGUCAUUGUUUGA